CAGUCAACUUGUCGCACUCACAAUCAGCUGAAUUGUGAUAGUUUUAAGAGUUUUAAAUGUUUUCUGCGUAAAAACAAGUGUAAAUUAUGGAGGAGUUUGACGAAAUAUUUCCUAAUUUGCUGCAGAAAAUCACACACAGCGGCAAAAAGCAGCUUGAUCAGGAAAAUAUGAGGAAAAUCGAAGAACUCAUCAGUUCUUCAGUUAAACAUUGCAAACAAAGCCACCAACAUAUUAUGAAACAUUUGGAGAAAAAGCAUGCUGAGGUUCGGUUCAGCACCCUUCUUGUCUGUGAUCACCUAGUCAGGUUUAGUAAAGUUUUCCGUAAAAACUUGAUUGGAGAAGACCUGACUAACUUCCUGGAGCUCACCAUGGGUACAAAUAAAUGCAGGCCUCUGCCUCCCCCGAAAAACGUGGCCAAAGAUCUCCGCAGCCAAGCCAUUUCGAUUAUUUACAAAUGGCACGAGGAUUUUGGAAAAGACUUUGUCGAGUUAGCAAAUGCUUUUUACUAUUUAAAAGACUGCAUAAAGGUUGAUUUCAAAGCCAUCGAGAAACAGAAAAUUGCAGAAAAACUUAAGGCUGAGAUGGAGCAGAAGCGUCUGGAGGAAAAGAAAGAGGAAAGAAUGAAAAAGGCUCUCAUGGAAUUUAAAAGUUUUUUUGACGAGGCGCAGAGGCUUUGCACUGAACUAGAAAACUGCAUUUCCCUUCUGAUCCCUCCGCCUGAAGACUUUUUCCUACCUUUAAAUCCCGCAGACGCCAUUAAUUCCGAGCCAGGAACAAGUUCAGACUUGCGUUCGCACGGAAUUGUCACGCCUGGAAUUUCGAUUCCAAUCCAUGUUUCAAAAGCUGUCCCUAAACUGGUGAUUGAUGAAGACAAUCAGCCCAUAGUCGAAAGCGCCCAGGAAAUCUAUAGCCAGCUGAAUAAAGGCCAUGUGAAGAGAGUUGCGUCUUGGACUGAAAUUUUCUCUGAUAACAGAGAUCAUGCAGGCAAAUUCCAGUCUUGCAAAGUGCUGAAUGAGCAGCUGAAAAAGUGUCUCAAUCAGUUUGAGGAUCUGGGCCUGAAGAAGUCAAGAAGGGGCCAGUCAGUCAGCAGUGAGGAAGAAGACUUUGAAGAGGUCGAGCCCAAGGAGGGAUAUGAAGAGAAAGUGAAGGAAGACCUUCUCUCUGUCUUAAUUGCAAAGAAGGAACUGAAAAAAGAAGAAAAGUCUGAACCAAUAGUGAAACCUGUUGUGAAAAAGCCGAAGACCUGCGAGAAACCAGUUGAAAAAGUUUCGACCAACAUAGAGGACUGGGAGAAAAAGCAGAUUGAGUUGCCACCUGUCAUCGUGGGAACCAGGCCUGAUAACAGCCAAGUUUGGAUAAGCCCUGCAUUUGAAGACGAGGAAGUCAAAGUUCCGGUGAUAGAGAGCUGUCCGAUAGACUACUCCCGCACCUUUGAGCCUGUCAAGUGGUCCUGCAGAGCUCCCUUGCCUAAUGGAACUCUUUGUCCACGGCAAGAUCGCAUCAAGUGUCCUUUCCAUGGGAGAAUUGUGCCCAGAGACGAGAGUGGAAAAUGUGUGCGAGAGGAAGACGCAACCAGAGAACAGCUGAUGAAGGAGCAGCAUGAGAGGGAAAAUCCAGAGUGGCAGGAUCCGAAACUUCUGGCUGAACUUAAGAGAGCCACGGGCAUUGAUCUGGAAAUGCCGAAAAAGGGAAAGAGGAGGAAAAAGCAACCGGAAUUUCCUGGUCUAACGGAUUUGUCGGCUAAAAAGGACUCGCCUAGGAAGCGUCUGGCUCGAAAAGUGCUAACAAAGUCUGAAAUGAAACAGCUGAAAUCUAAAUUAGAGGUGGAUUUUGAGGAGAAGAAUAAGCAAGAGUUUUAUGCCGGUUCAGAUGAGUACGACAGCUAGCCAAGUUUUGUAGGAAUGAAUUUUCUAAUGAAACACGCAGUAUUUUGCUAAAACUCUC